AUGGAUUACAGGGGAACAGCACCAAAAUUGCCACCAAUAUCCAUUGAGAAGUUCACCGGUGAUCUCAAGAAGUGGCAAAAUUGGAUCCAGCUAUUUGAAAGCGUCAUAGACAAAAAUCAACGCAUUUCCAACGUGGAAAAAUUACAAUAUUUAAACAAUUAUUUGGAAGGAGAGCCAAAAGAAUUAAUUUCAGAUCUCAAGCUACAAGAAGACAGCUACCAAGAAACAUUGGAUAUUUUGAAGCAAAGAUAUGAUGACCAACGGCAAAUCAUUCUAGCCUACACAGCACUUGUGUUAGAUCAAAAGAAGGUGAAUUUUCGGUCAGCUCAAGAAAUCAUCGAUCUACACAACAAAACACUUCAAUGCUACAAAGGAUUGAAGACUAUGGGUGCACAAACUCUUGAGAUUUUACUCACAGCUCAUAUGCUCCAUAACAUGGAUAAUGAAUCUCUACGCAUUUUUGAACAAUCUUUGAUAAAUCCCAUGAGUAUGCCAUCAAUCAAUGAAGUGUUAACAUUCCUCAAAAAUCGGCACAGAAUAUUGCAAAAGUGCAAUAAUGAAAACAAACCAAAAAAGCAACAACAGAAUGGGGCACAGCCAAAAGACAAUAAGAAAAAUUUUCAUAUCAGCACUAAUAGUGCAUGUGAAAUUUGCAACGCCCCACACAAAAUUUUCAUGUGCAAAAAAUUUAAAGAUCUCACACCACAACAGAGAAAAGAUCAAGUUAAGCAGCACAAAUUAUGUUACAAUUGCUUAUCGUCUCACCAUAGAUAUGAGGAUUGUUCAAGCACAAAAACUUGCAAACAAUGCAAUGGGAAACAUAACACCCUUCUACAUUUCAAUAAGGCAAAAAAAGAGCAGGGAGAAUUACAACCAAGCACCUCAGCUCACCACUCUGAUGUUCAAGAAAACGAACCUGAGCAAGGGGAUAAUAAUCACCAAAAAGAUGUUAUAUCCCUCUAUGUCAAACCGAAACAGAAAAUUCUCCCUACAGCUCUCAUAAAAAUUCGUGCCCACAAUGGACGAUGGGACAUCUUUCGAGCUUUGGUUGAUACAGGCUCAGCUGAAACAUUCAUUUCAGAAGAAGCAGUGCAAAAUCUUGCACUUCCAAGACAAAAAAUCAAUGCACCAAUUCAAGGCAUUGGCCAAGCCAGUGCAGGCAUCUCAAAAUAUUCAGUGGAAUUACAGAUUAAACCACGAUUUCCCUCAAAUAUCGCAUUACAUGAGAGAGCCUUAGUGCUGCCCAAACUCACGGGCAUGAUGCCAUCAAGAUCAAUUAGUGCAACAGCAACUAAACACAUCAACAACAAUAUGAUUCUAGCAGAUCCAACAUUUAACAUUCCUGGGCCAAUAGAUCUCAUCCUUGGAAUAAAUCUUUAUUCAAAAAUCAUAAAGGCAGAGAUUCACAAAUAUGACAAAGACGAUAUCAUUGCACAGGAAACAAACAUUGGUUGGAUCAUAUUCGGAGAAGCUCCAGCGAGCACACCAUCAAGAAACAAUAUCAUCAGUCUCAUCUCAAUGCAAGAAAUUGAUGAUAACCUCCGACGUUUCUGGGAUAUGGAAACAAACAAGGAAGAAGAUAUCACGCCAAACGAAGAUUGCGAAAAACAAUUCAAACAACAUGUUCAUCGUGAUGAGUCAGGAAGAUUUACAGUUUCACUACCAUUCAGAAAAUCUCCCACAAUGCUAGGAAAUUCGAAGGACAGAGCAAUGUCCAGAUUUUUUAGCGUUGAAAGACGCAUGGAAAAGGAUGAAAUUCUGAACGAAGAAUAUCACAAAUUCAUGAAGGAAUACAUUGAGCUUGGCCAUAUGUCCGAAGCUAAUGACAACAAAGGCCAAUACUAUCUUCCACACCACGCUGUUUUUAAACCCUCCAGUACAACAACCAAAACAAGGGUUGUUUUCGAUGCCUCCUGCAAGACAUCAACAGGUGUUUCUUUAAAUGACGUGUUGCACACAGGCAGCAAAUUACAAUCAGACUUGACUCAUAUCGUCAUGAGAUGGAGAAAACACGAAUUUGUCAUAAUGGGAGACAUCGAAAAAAUGUUUCGUCAGAUACUAGUGCGAGAAGAAGAUAGGAACUUUCAGCGAAUCCUCUGGAGAGAGGACAAGAACAUGCCUGUAAAAGAAUACACCCUCAACACAGUGACUUACGGAACAGGACCGGCAACCUAUCUCUCAGUACGAUGUCUACAAGAGCUCGCAAAUCAGGAAGAACUCAAUUUCCCCAAAGCUUCAAAAACACUACGAGAAGACUUCUACGUAGAUGAUCUGAUGACUGGUGCUAAAACUAUUAAUGAAGCUCGCCAAUUGCAAAAAGACCUGAUCAACCUUCUUGCGAAAGGAGGCUUCAACCUGAGAAAAUGGGUAUCAAACACAGCAGAACUCACGGCACAUCUCCAACCAGAUCAAAGAGCAAUUCCUGAAAACAUCCAAAUUGGUACUGACGAGCAUAUCAAAGCACUGGGAAUAGAAUGGAAUCAACGAACAGACGAAUUCACGUUCAGUCUCAAUCCACGUGAUUACCAUGGAAUUACGAAAAGGCAACUCUUAUCAAGCAUUGCAUCAAUCUUCGACCCCAUCGGUUGGCUAGCACCGAUCACAGUUCGAGCAAAGAUCCUCAUGCAAGAACUCUGGAAUCAGGAGCUAAAUUGGGAUGACCCCACACCAUCAGACACACAAAAAGAAUGGUCAUCACUCAUGAUAGAGCUCCGACAGUUGGAUUCAGUGAGAAUACCCAGAUGGAUACACACUAACAACACUACACAACUGCAUGGAUUCUGUGACGCGUCACAAAAAGCAUACGCAGCAGUAGUCUACACAAGAUCAGUCGAUGAACAAGGACGCGUUCAUAUACAUCUUAUUGCAGCCAAAACAAAGAUGGCUCCACUCAAAAACAAGGUAACAUUACCAAGAUUGGAACUAAAUGCAGCAGUCUUGCUAGCAAACCUCCUGCACAAUGCACUGGAAGCACUGCAAAUCAAUAAACCUGAA